AUGACUUUGGCGCAAUUUGCUGCCAGCAAGUCUCAACCUGCAACUGCCACACCAUCUGUAGCUGACAAGCCAGAAGCAGAGUUGCCACUUACCCAGAAAGAUAUUUUUGAUAUCAGCGGUGUCGAGGCGUGGGCAUGCGUUAGAGCUGCGUUCGGCGAUAAAGAAGAAUACACAUUCAGUGAAUCGAAGUUUGGGCAUACCUGGGCGGCGGAUUCUGUCGAAGCACCGGAAUUCACUCAGGUAUCACCAUUAACGAUCGACAAAGCGAAGCUGCUUAUUCGUGAGAGUAUUUUGUUCGGUGUGGAUGAGUGGCUGUUGUCGAUUGAAUUCGAUGACGCUGCUGCGAGCCUGGAUAUGUCGGAACGUAUUCGGACUGUUGCCCUUGAAGCAUCUGGUGAAUAUGGCAUGAACAGUACUGAUUUCAUUGCAGCUAUGGGAAGCCUGGAUGUUUCCAGUUGGUCCAAUAUUCGCCAGAUCCGCAUGCACAUCCGUGAGAAAGCUAAACCAGUAUCGGAUCCGCUUCCAGAGUCCCGUAUCUGGCCGCUGGAGGUUGGAAUUGUAUUCGACCAGGUGGAUGGUGCUGACAUGCUGGAUGAAUCACAGCAGAACAAGCUGAAAGCCAACAUCAAUCAACUCUGGCUGGAGCGGACGGCCACCAGCGAAAUCAUUACUGCAGUUUCUGAACUUGGGCCGCUGGCCGGUCGCCACCUCAUUAGCGCUGAUGGUCGUAAAUACCAAAGUGCUGCCUGCGUGGCGAUCAUUGAGCAAUUACGACGUCUCCCGAAGCCAUCGACUGAACUGGCAGCGGUAGAAAUCACUCUGUACCCGCCGGAUGCGCGCCGCCGGGAUAUCGAUAAUUACAACAAAGCCCUGCUUGACGCGCUGACGCAUGCGGGUGUCUGGGGAGACGACAGCCAGAUUAAGCGCAUGCUGGUGGAAUGGGGACCGAUAGUACCGAAGGGAAAAUGCAAGCGAAACGGGCGUGCAGGCCCUUCGCAACAAUCAGAGUAUGGAGAGAAUAUGAGCAAUCAUCAUGUUAUGGGCACUGCUACGCCCAAAAAAGACUCUUAUCUUGUUGUUGAUGGAUGUUUAAUCAACUCAUUCGAACCAAAUCUUUAUAGUCUCAAUGAUAUUCAUAAGGCUUCAGGUGGGUCUGCGUCCAAAAAACCUGCGUUUUAUCUCAGGACGCUAACUGCAAAAAGAAUUCUAAAUGCUCUCCCUGGUGAACGUUGGGAAAAGUUGCAUGUUAUUCGCGGUGGAGUCUUACAGGGUACUUUCGCCUCUCAGGAGUUGGUUUUUGCCUAUGCCCUCUGGUUGAGCCCUGACUUUUAUCGAUCUGCGCAACGGGGAGGCAAAAUGAGUCAGCUACAUCAGAUCAUCCCGAUCACUCAGGGCAAUAUUGGCAACCACAUAACCCCGAUGGUCAGCGCUAAAAGGUUACAUGCUUUUCUCGGCGUUGGGCGUGAUUUCACCAACUGGAUUAAAGGGCGUAUCAGUCAGUAUGGUUUUGCUGAAAAUACUGAUUAUGUGGUUUACGCCAAUUCUGGCGAGAACCCCCUCGGUGGACGCCCAACCGUUGAUUACCUGAUCACCAUUGAUAUGGGUAAAGAACUGGCGAUGGUGGAGAGAAACGAGAAGGGUCGUCAGGUUCGUCGUUAUUUCAUCACAUGCGAACAACAAGCGAAAAUGCGAGUUGGUACACCAUCAUUACCAAAUUUCUCUGAUCCGGCACAGGCUGCGAGAGCAUGGGCUGAUGAAUUUGAAGCCAGGCAGCGCGCGGAAACAGUUACCCACCAGCAGGCCGAAUAUAUCGAGCAUCUCGAGAGUCUCUUCACUGACGGGCUUUCCCCUGUACAGUUCUGUAAGCGUUUGAAUGGUGUGAAUACCUCCAAGAUCAGUGCCUGGCUUGUCUCUGCUAACUGGCUGUACGACGACAAUCCCGAAGGCCGCAGUGCACAGUGGCGUGUUCGUUCGUAUGCCCGCGACAAAUACCUCACCGAGAAAAGCAGUAAAGUAUCGCCAAACUCUGCGGUGAGCUUUACUACCUACCAGCCCGUCCUGCUGCGUGAAGGCGCUGUCUGGCUGUACAAAAACUACCUGAAGGGGAAGCUUCCGAUGAAGGUCACCUGGAACGGUAGUUUUACCCACGAUAAAGAUUUAGCAGGGGGUCUCCACUCGUUGAGCCGGAAGGAUAAAGAAAACCUGAUCGAUAUCAUCCGCGAAAACAGCCUGCUCUGCGUUACUGAUGACGGCAGGACAACAACCCUGCAUCACCCUAAGUUUGGUCAUAAAUCCGUGGCGCCGGUUAUUGCGUCGUCGAAGACAUUGAAGGAAGCCACUAUGAAUAAGCCAACCGUGACCCCUGAAGAAUUACGCAAGCAGGCUGAAGCCCUCAUUCGUGCCGCUGAAGAAGCUGAAAAAAAGGCAGGUGACCGCGCUGAAAUAAAAAAGCAACUCGAUCCUCUGAAGCUUGAAAUCCUCCAGGCUUAUGGAAUGGCAAGCCGUAAGUUUGAUGAGUUUGUGGAUGCUAUGGCGGACAUGGGGAAGGCCGUACAGAAAUUUAAAGAUCUGACGGUAUAA